CUCAAGUCUCGCGGUCGACUCCAAUUGCGCCAGAACACACAUCUUGUUUCCACUCCUAUGUCGCGCAGUGUGAUUAUCCUCGCUUUAACGGCAUCGCUCGCAAUGCUGGCCACUGCCUUUGCUGAUACCACCGCGGCUAGCAAGGCCGUACCAUACUUUGAUUCAUUCCAGGAACUGCGGGCGCGCUUGGGUCAUGAGAUGAUGUACCUCAGCUUCAUCAUCCUGAUCCUCGUCACAUACUGGGUUGGGAAGAGACACAACGAGGUCUUGGCCAAAACCACGAUGGCUGUCAUGCUCCCGCUCUUCCGCGCCAACUUUGCCCGUGUUGGCGAUCAUGGAGCCGAGCUUGCCAUUGACGCGCCUCACGAGUAUAUUAUCUACUUGACAGGACGCCGUCAUGUUGCAACUGUUCAUGGAUUGAUCAAGAUGAGGCCUCGUCAGGAUUUGAUCCGCACGCUGUUCACGAUCUUUUCGACGCCAGUCCAGGACACCUGCACUUUGAAUGUGACCAUGCAGCCCAACGAGUACAGCGACGGCGUCUUUGCGGUCGUGCCGAAAACGACUGGAUCGAUCAUCCGUAACAAGUAUUAUGAUCUGACGACGUUCACCAAGGCCUCGAACCAAAAGGCACUCGACAACUCACUGAUCACGCUGACAGAGUCCAAUGAGUUGACAGAGGCGAUCCUGCCAUUGAUCAGCAAUAAGCUCAACGAGGCUGCUCAGUGGCUUGAUUAUUUUGUCGUCUCUGAUCAACCCUCGUUCAAGCCCGAGACUCUGCCUACUGAACCCUAUGCAAAGCGUAUCUCGUUGUCGUUCCGUUUGCCCAAUGCCAGGGAUACACGUGAGAUUGCCCCGCUUGUGGAGGCAUUGAUCGCUUGUUUGGAUGGCCUUCCCAAUGCUUGCCACGUUCCUUCUGUGAUCAAGACCAAGAUCAGCAGGGCAAGAGAGGAGGCUGCGAAGGAGAUUGGCAAGAAGGCUCAGCAGGAAAGGGCGCGCGAGCUCGAGGAGAAGCGCUUGCGGGAGAAGCGCGAGCAGGAGAAGAACCUCUCGCCAGAUGCUCAGCGCAAGCUGGCUGCCAAGGAGGAAAAGAAGGCGAUCAAGAAGCGUCAGAAGAUGGCUACCAAGAAGGCCUAAGGAGCUUUUGCAUACUCAGACAUUUGGACUAUUCCUCAGGUGGACGGAUAAAAAUGCAAAGUAGUGGAGAGGUAGAGUGCUGAAUAAAAUAGU